ACAGCAAAAUAUAAGGCCGGACGCCUGUGAGCUUCUGCCAUAGUCGAGACGUGGACGCAUCAUGGCUCUGAGGGGGAUGUUUGUGUUUCUGGCGCUUGCCUACUGCUUGAAUGUAGCCUCUGGCACUACACUUGGCGUGGUGUACACUGAAGGUGGCAUGGUUGAAGGCACCAAUAAGAAGGUGGGAUUUCGAAAAUACCUUGAUAUCUUUAAGGGCAUUCCCUUUGCUGCACCUCCAGGGAGAUUCGAGAACCCCAAGCCUCACCCCGGAUGGUCAGGUAUUCUUAAGGCCAAUGAGUUCAAGAACAGGUGUCUCCAGAUGACCCUUCUGCAAACUGGUACUCGAGGCGGGGAAGAUUGUCUCUUUCUGAACAUCUGGGUCCCCCAACAUGCAAAAGUGUCUACUGACCUUCCUGUCAUGGUCUUUAUUUAUGGAGGCGCGUUCCUGGUGGGUGGAUCCCAAGGCGCCAAUUUCCUGGAUAAUUAUCUGUACAGUGGAGAGGAGAUUGCGAUGAGGGGAAAUGUCAUUGUGGUGACCCUGAACUAUCGCAUUGGAACUCUGGGCUUCCUAAGCACGGGUGACUCCAAUGGGCCAGGAAAUUACGGCCUAAGAGACCAGCACAUGGCCAUUGCCUGGGUCCAUCGCAACAUCCGAGCCUUUGGUGGUGACCCCAAUAGCCUCACAAUCUUUGGUGAAUCGGCAGGGUCUGCCAGCGUCAACUUCCAGAUCCUGUCUCCUUACAACAAAGGGCUGAUCCGUAGAGCCAUCUCCCAGAGUGGUGUUGCGCUAAGUCCCUGGGCGACCAACACCAGACCCCUCUUUUGGGCCAAAAAGAUCGCUGAGAAAGUUGGCUGCCCAACCAAUGAUACGGCUAAGAUGAUGGCCUGUAUGCGCAUUACUGACCCUGUGGCCCUCACUCUGGCUGGCAACUUGCAGCUGUUUAACUUGCAAGAGCCAGUGGUCUUCGGACUGGGCCUCUCCCCAGUGGUUGAUGGUGACUUCAUCCCAGACCAUCCUGCAAACCUGUAUCCAAAUGCAGCUGAUGUGGACUACAUUGCUGGGGUAAACGACAUGGAUGGCCACUUUUUCGCAGGAUUUGACAUUCCAUCAGUCAACAGAAAGAAGGACACGACCCUUCCCUCGGACCUGUACAAGCUGCUGCUGGGCCUGUCCAAGGAGAAGGGCGAUCCUGCUGCCAAGGACGCUUUUGAUCUCUACACGCAGAGCUGGGGAGCGAACCCCUCACUGGAGACCAUUAAGAAGACCGUAGUCGACGUGGAAACAGACUUCCUCUUCAUUGCCCCCACAUAUGCGUCCCUCUGCUUACAUAACCAGCAUGCCAGUGUGGGUAAAACAUACACGUACGUCUUCAACAUGCCAUCCCGAGUGCCGUUCUUCCCAAGUUGGAUGGGGGCGGAGCAUGCUGAAGAUUUGCAGUAUGUCUUUGGGAAACCCUUCACUACCCCACUGGGCUACUUCCCUCGACACCGAGACGUCUCCAAGUAUAUGAUUGCAUAUUGGACCAACUUCGCCAGGACAGGGGACCCCAACAAAGGAGAGUCCGACGUUCCUGCUCAGUGGCCUGCAUUUAACUGCAAGGACCUCCAGUACCUGGAAAUCAACAACUCCAUCAAGUACAGCUCGGUCAAGCAGAAGCUGAGGACCCGCUUUGUGCACUUCUGGGCCGAUGUUUAUCCCACCUAUGCGGAUGUCAUCUCAUCUCCCGUGCCAUAGACUGCCCCGUGUUUAUUUAGGCUAACGCCCCAUCAAAAUCUUUAUUAAAAACCAAUUCAGAUGUAUAGUCACGUUUUAGGCAAUAUUAGUAAAUCUCAUCCCCAAGACAGCCUUCCAUGGACUUCCUUUGUUAAAGCCCUGAGCAGACCUGCACUGGCACAGGGGGUCUAGACCAACCUUCUUCAGUAAGCCACCCACCCACCUACCUACCUACCUACCUACCCUGGCCUUCUUAAUUAAGUGACAGCCUUGAUCAACAAGUCACAAUCUAAAACAGCUUGACAAAGAUCCCACCUCCAGUCAACCAGACUUCCGUAAAGCUUAGAUGGCCUCCCCCACAUCCAAAUACUACAAUUAAGCCUCAACUGCUCAGCCCUGUUCAUAUUCCACACUGCCAGAAGAGUUCCAAAAGUGUCUUCCCGUGUUAAAGCAGACCUUCAAACAGCCUCGGGACCACCACACCCACACUCUGGCAUCAAUGGACCAUAACCAAUGACCCCAGUUAGUAAGCCUCAACACCUCGGGCAGAACCGCACUCUCCUUAUAAAUUGUACCAUCAAGAUGAUUUCAACCACUGAGGCGUCAGUGGGCUCCUUCAUUAACUACACCUUGAUAAGCCCACCUAGUAAAACUACACCCUCACAAGGCCAAGUUCAUUCCAGGUAGUAAACCUCAACAGCCCCCUUGGCUUAAGCUGACCCAGUUGGUAAACCAGACCCUGUAGCAGCUUAGGGGUGAAAGCCACUGCACCUCAUUCUGUAGGUCUGGUAAGCCCCUUUAAAUAUGAGGAAUGUUCCAAAAUAUUUUUUUUAUUUAAACUCCAUUUAUUAAAAAUUUCAAAAACAAAUGAUGUCACUUUUCUACAGUCACCUUCCUUUGCAAUGCCAUUUCCCCAGCGUCAUACCAACUUUUUAAUGCCCAAUUCCUACUCCUCCCACCUUCACCGUUUCCAAUGAAAAUACGAGAAGUGGAGAAACUUUUUGAACGUCCCUCGUAAAUCACACCCCUGCUCGGACCCCUUGGCUUGCUCUUUCCAGAACAUGCCUGGGUCACCAGCUGGAGUAACCCCUCUGACCUAAAGACACACCAUUAACAAUGAGGCAAUCCACUUGAAGUUAACUAAAGCUCCCCCCCAAAAGGCCACAUGGCCAGAGCCGUGUUCCGUCCGUACUAAUCAAUUUGUCACUUUCCUGUCACCUUCACCUCUGACCACUUCACUCGGGGCUGUGGCAGAUGGCAACUCCUCUAUAGGCACCAUUCACAACCGCGUUAUUGCCAGUCCAUGUCCUGCUCCGUAUGAGGCGCACCACCUGCAGCCAACACCAUACGCAAGACUGGCAGCGCUCAACUCAGCAAAAUAAAGCAACAGCAGUGACCAAGUAUUGCCUCACGCCUGGGCACGGGCAUAGUUUGUUGUCUUGAACUUUAACAUAAUAAAGGACAUCCAUAUGUA